CUAUUUGAUUUUGAUUUUUAGUGUUUUUCUCAUACCUAUGUUUUUCCUUAAAAUUAUUUGAAUGAGAUUGUAUUUGUCAUCACAAAUUUUGAAUUUUGGCCAAAUUUUAUUUAGAAAUUACAAUGAUUUGCAAAAAUUGAAAAUAAUACGCAAAAGAUGAGCAGGGAGUAUUGUUUUAAUUGUUACGAAUAUUUGAAUUCGAACAAGGAAUACUUAUCUUCGAUUAAGUAUAUAUAUUUUUUACAGUAUUAAGAAGCAUGGAUGAUUAUAAUCAAGGUAAUUUGGUUCAACUGAAUGAUUUACCUGAUGAAUUGUUAGUACUAAUAUUUAAAAAUCUAGCAUUAGAAGACAUUCUCACUUGUGAGAAUAUUUGUAAGAGAUGGAGAAAACUGGCCCGUGAUCCGUGUAUAUGGAGACAAUUUGCAUUUGUUUAUUCUGGUAAACCAGGACAGAGUGAAGUAAGUGAUAAAAACUUGGUGAUAAUUUUAACACACAGUGAAAUUAUUUUCAGUUUAAAGAUCCAAUAUGUUUAUAAUUAUUCUGUUAUCAAAGAUGUUGUUGAGAAAUGUAAUAAUUUAGUAUCAUUAGAAUUGGUUAUGUGUAGGAUUGGCAAAAACUUUGAAGAAGAUAUUAAGAAAUGGCCUCAUCUGAAAAAACUAAGCAUGAAAAAUUCUAUUCAACUGUCAAAUAAUGUUGACUGGAUGUUUCCUUUUAACCAACUCAAAGAACUUAAGUAUUUAGCAUUGUCUGACUUUGGAUUGACUCUCAAUAAUUGUGAUUCUUUGUUGGAUUGUACCAAAUUAAGCCAUAUUUUUAUAGAGAAAAUAAGGGAUUUGGACUUAGAGUUUAUUAAAAGAUUAAUUUCAUGUAAACAAGGUAAAUUGGAGACAUUGCAUAUUUAUGGAGGCGAUUCUGUUGAUGACUGCUGUCUCAAUAUGUUAUCUAAGUGUGCUCAUUUGAAGGAUUUAGCAAUUAUAAGAUGUGAAAACCUUACAGAUGAAGGUCUUAUAUCGCUAGUAAAUUUUAAGGAAUUACAACAUUUGCAAAUUUGGAACAAUAAUAAUUUCACUGAAAUGAUAUUGCUUAAAGUUUUAGGCAGUUCUAAUUUAAUCACCUUGCAAAGUCUGAGCUUAUCAAGAAUAAAAAAUAUUUCACCUAUUAUUGUAGAUGUAAUAUCAGAAUAUUAUAAAAAGCUCAAGUUUUUAGCUUUGUACCAAUGUCCACGCAUCAUAAACACAGAUUAUGAAAAACAACUUAAAUCAAAAUUCAGAAAUAUUGAUGUUGUAUUAUAUUAAUGUUUUCAAUUUCUUUUUUAAAUUUAAAUAUUAGAAACAUUACCAUAUAUUAUAUAUUGUUACAGUUUAAGAUAAAAAUGUAACUUAUGUAUAUUUUAAGAUCUA